AUGCCCAGUGUAAAAGUCUCAAGAAACUAUCACGUACCGUUUCUAUUCAAACCCAAGGUCAUACCCGGUUCUAUUGAGGACCCCAUCAAGCUUUUGAAAAAGGCAGCUGAUACUAAGAACCUACGGUUAGGCAAAACAGUCCAUGCCCAUCUCAUCAUAUCCAGUGAAACUUCUAAAUUCCUUGACAUAUUUCAUGCUAACUCUCUUAUCAACUUAUAUGCAAAAUGUGACCGAAUUACAACUGCCCGCCAUUUGUUUGAAUGUAUGCCAAAGAGAAAUGUGGUAUCUUGGACUGCCUUGAUGGCUGGCUAUUUACAUAAAGGGCUGGCCUUGGAAGUUCUUGCCUUGUUCAAGACUAUGGUAUAUGUGGAUAAUUUGUGCCCGAAUGAAUUUGUUUUUGCGACUGUUCUUUCUUCUUGUUCUGGCAGUGGGAGAGUUGAAGAGGGAAAGCAGUGCCAUGGCUAUGUAUUGAAGUCUGGAUUGUUGUCUUAUCAGUAUGUUAAGAAUGCACUAGUUCACAUGUAUUCAAGUUGUUCAGAAGUGGAAGCGGCUAUGUGGGUUCUGAACACUGUGCCAGGUGAUGAUAUUCUUUCAUAUAAUUCGGUUGUAAAUGGGCUCUUAGAACAUGGACAUGUGAAGGAAGCAAUGGAUAUUUUGGAUAUGAUGAUAGGUCAGUGCAAGGCUUGGGACAAUGUUACAUAUAUUACCAUUUUUGGCGUUUGUGCCCAUCUUAAAGAUUUGAGAUUGGGUCUGCAAGUUCACAGCCAAAUGUUGAAGACAGAUAUCGACUGUGAUGUCUUUCUAAGUAGUGCAAUGAUUGACAUGUAUGGGAAAUGUGGUAAGGUUUUGAAUGCAUUGAAAGUUUUUGAUGGCUUGCAAACUCGGAACAUAGUCUCCUGGACUGCAAUCAUGGCCGCUUAUUUCCAAAAUGGGUACUUUGAGGAAGCAUUAGGUCUAUUGUCACAGAUGGAAUUUGAAGAUAUUCUUCCAAAUGAAUAUACUUUUGCUGUCUUGCUUAACUCAUGUGCAGGUUUGUCUGCACUAAGACAUGGAGAUCUAUUGCAUGCCAGUGUUGAGAAGUCGGGUUUCAAAGACCACGCCAUUGUGGGGAAUGCUUUGGUCAAUAUGUAUUCAAAGUGUGGCAACAUUCAAGCAGCAAAUGACGUGUUCUUGGAUAUGACAUCUCGAGACGCUGUUACCUGGAAUGCAAUGAUAUCAGGAUUUUCCCAUCAUGGGCUUGGUAAGGAAGCGCUGAAUGUGUUUCAAGAUAUGUUGGAAGCAGGAGAGCGUCCUAACAAUAUUACUUUUGUUGGUGUUCUCUCGGCUUGUGCUCAUUUGGGUCUGGUGCAAGAAGGAUUCUACUAUUUGAACCAGCUAAUGAAACAGAUUGGCAUUGAACCCGGACUAGAGCAUCAUACUUGUAUUGUAGGGCUCCUCAGCAGGGCUGGACAACUUGAUCAAGCUGAGAAAUAUAUGAGGAGUAUGCCAGUCAAGUGGGACAUUGUUGCCUGGCGAAGUUUGCUCAAUGCUUGUCAUGUACAUAAAAGUUAUGGCUUAGGUAAGCGAGUAGCAGAGGUUGUUGUGCAAAUGGACCCUAAUGACGUGGGAACAUAUACACUAUUGUCAAAUAUGUAUGCCAAGGCAAAGAGGUGGGAUGGAGUUGUGCAGAUCCGGAAAUUGAUGAGGGAAAAAAACAUCAAGAAAGAACCUGGGGUGAGCUGGGUAGAGAUAAGAAAUACUACCCAUAUCUUUGUUUCGGAUGAUAACAUACACCCAGAGUCCAGUAAGAUACAUGAAAAAGUUGGCGAAUUGUUGGCCAAGAUUAAACUAUUGGGAUAUGUGCCAGAUAUUGCUGCAGUGCUACAUGAUGUGGAGGAUGAGCAAAAGGAAGAUUAUCUUAGUUAUCACAGCGAGAAGCUUGCAAUAGCAUACGCCCUCAUGAAGACACCUACAGAAGCGCCCAUUCGUGUUAUUAAGAACCUCAGGAUAUGUGAUGAUUGCCAUGCAGCUGUGAAACUUAUUUCAAAGAUUACUGGUGAUAAUGAUGAAAGUUUUAAUAAAGUGGAUUACCAGAGAAGGAACUUACAUCUUAUGGGUCAUAGCCGUAUAAGCCUCCAUGGCAGCCAUACUGAGCAUGCUGUGCAGAGGUUAAGACAUCCAGCAGAGAGGCUUUAUUUAAUCACCUGA